AACCAUCAGAAAACACCCAAACUUUGCGAUAUGGUGUCUUGUCUGUCGUUGUUUUCCAGGGGUCGGAGAGCGACUCAGGACGUAACGGGGGGUACGAUGAACGUUACGCCUCAGGAUUCACUAAAGUCACCGCCCCAACCUCCGAAAGACCACAUGGCGGACGAUUCAAUCAAAAAGGAACCACCGAGCUAUCAUGAUUCUCAGUCCUCAUCAUCAAAAGCUCUACCUCUUGCUCAAGGGUUUGCUGGUGUACCAGAAACGACCCCACCCCCCUAUCACAACUGGCAGGAUGCAGUACCUGACACUAGCACGUUCCCACCAGCACCAGUGAUAAGUUACUUCAACUCCAACGCUGGAAAUGCACCGAGUACCGAUGCAGAGCGGGCUCAUGCAUUUUGUAAUAGUACCCCCCUUUGGAGGCCUGUGAAGCCAUCUCCGGCAGUCCUUCAAUCUGUCCAGCAACAUGACCUUCGUCCUAUGUUGUCGACCGAGUUCCGCGGGGAAUUGUCAUCCAUAUCUCCUGGUCGAUGGAAGGGCUCUACAAGAGAUAUGAAUGGGGACUGCGUUGCCCUGACCCACUUGCCUCUCUAUUUCCCUAUCGAGGAUUCGCCCUUGGUGUUGGGAAGAGCCAAGAAGACGAUCUACUUUGAGGUCACACUGUUAGGGCUCGGAGACGGACCUGGGCCAGCCAAUUCUAGCGGGGUUUCAAUUGGCUUUGUGGCACAGCCAUAUCCAUCCUGGCGGUCUCCUGGAUGGGAGAGAGGAAGUCUCGGGGUUUUCUCUGAUGACGGGUGUCGGUUUGUUAAUGACUCAUGGGGCGGACGGGAUUUCACACAUGAGUUCAAAGUGGGUGAGACUGUUGGCUUGGGGAUGACGUUCUCUCUCCCAGACAAGGUGGUUUCAAGGAAUAUGGGAAAGAAGCUAAUUGUGGACGUUUUCUUCACUCGCAAUGGCCACCGUGAGGGAGGCUGGAAUCUUCAUGAACAAGUCGAUGCAGAUGCUGGGAGCGUUGAGGGCCUGGAGGGUGAUUAUGACCUAUACGGAGCUGUAGGUUUAUUUGGAGGCGUUAACUUCACAGUUUGCUUUGACCCUACAGGAUGGCUAUGGAGAUCUACGUGAUAUCUAUAUUCAUCUCAGUGAUACGGCCAGGGUCCCUUUCUUUCUGGGUUUUUUUUUUUUUUUUUUUUUUU